AUGCUUCGCCAACCUUUUGUUCCCGCGCGCAACUCGCAACAUAGAGUCGCCGUGCUGGCGCUCUAUCGAGCGCUUUUGCGGGCAGGGUCCAGUGUUCCUCUGCCCGAGCAUCUUCAUCCCAAGGGACGUAAACAUCCCACUGAAAAUAUCUUGAGGGCGAGGUUUAAAAAGAACAAGCCACUCACCAGCUUGAGGCUUGUCUAUGACUCUAUGACUGCAGGAUACAAGUUCCUUGCUAUACUGACCAAAGGUCAAAGCAAAAGCACAUGGGAGCACUCCGAGAUAGUCCACCAUUUGAAAAGUCGUAACAAAACAGCCGACCUCUCUCGCGCCAUAAUACCAUCCAAUCAAGAUACCCCCCUUUCCAAAGAACGCCGUAAUCCUCCUCUUCUCACUAAAGUCUCUGGCCCCAACCAAAUUCCGGAAUACAAACCAACUGUGCGACCUCUUCCCAAAACCGCAUUCGUGGGCGAGCGCAAGGUGCCUGUGUUUGGCGACACUGCCGAACACCUAUCAUUCAUACGAAUCAAGAAACCCCAACCGCCACCACUCUCUCGAUCGAUAGGAGAUAAGACAGCACUAUUCAGACAAUGUAUUGCUGCCACCAAAACCGUGGACAACAAGCUUGCCCAUGAGGCUACUUCUGAAGAUCUUUGGGAUGGCAUCAUGGAUCGAAUGCUGGAUGGAAAAGACGAUACAGUUGGUGAAAGACAGGAAAAUCCUUUGGAAUCAUUCCGUUUCUCUACUACCUUGUCUAAAGCCUGGUGGGAGCUGAAACUCGCAAAGAUCAAUGAAGAUUGGAUAGCCCGCUCUGCGGCAUUAUCUAAGCUUUUGGGUGAAGAGAGGGCACUGGCCAAGGAAGAAAAGCAGAAUGGCGUACGGUCAACUGAUCCUCAGGUCGCUAAAGAAACACUUGACCAGAUUCUUACAGAGUACCGACAGAAGCAGGCUGAAAUGGAACAAGGGAGGAAAGAGAACCUAGAAGAAGACUUACUCCAAGAUCCUUUCAUGUCUAAGAGAUGGAUGACAACGGUGAAGAAAAUGGAAAGACAAGAGCUUGGACGGGGCCAAGCGAGGCAAAACAAGAUGCUUAAAGAACUUUUUGGUGAAAGGGAAGCAAAGAAGCAUUUCCUAUGA